AUGAUGCAUAAAUAUUUCUCUUAUCUGGUUACUCUCCUGAUUUCUAUCUAGGUUAUUUAAGCUUAGCUUGGGGGAUAAAAUCCAAGCCCCUUUAGUACUAAUAUUAUUCCAAGAGAUUCUGAUUAUUUGAGACAAAUUUUAGCACCAGGAGGAACCCCUAAGACAAAUUAAAAUCAACAAAAAUUUAGCGAAAAGCCCUUUAAGUAUGAAGAUCAAGAACCUUUUAGUAAGCUAGUUAUACAUAUAAUUCCUCACAGUCACACUGAUCCUGGCUGGUUAAACACACCAGAAAAUUACUAUAAAGCAAGUGUAAUUCCAAUUUUGAAUAGUGUGAUGAAAUAUUUGAAAGAAGAUGAAAAUACUACAUUUAUCUAUGCUGAGAUGUACUUCUUUGAAUAAUGGUGGAAUGUUCAAAAUAACCAAACUAAAAGUGAUGUAGCUCAAUAUAUUAAAGAUGGGAGAUUAGAGAUUGUUAAUGGAGGCUGGGUUGCGAGUGAUGAGGCCUGUCCACUUUACUUUGAUUUGUUAGAGAAUAUAAAAAGAGGUCAUGAUUUUUUGAAAAAACAAUUUGGAUUUACACCGAAAGUUGCUUGGCAUGCUGAUUCUUUCGGACAUUCUUCAUAAACAGCUAAACUUUUUAAAGAACUUGGCUUUGAGGCAUUUUUCUUUGGUAGAAUGAAGGAUGAAUAUAAGGAGAGGAUGAUUUAAACUUAGGAUAUGGCAUUUAUUUGGAACCCAAAAUUUGUGGGCAUAGAUUCAGAUUACUAGGCACAUGAUGGAAUUUAUAGCCAUCUCACUCAUAAUAUUUAUGCUACUCCUUGUGAUAUUGGAAUUGGAAGUCCUAGAUAAUUGCAAACAUUUGACUUUGAUGGAUUCAUCAGAAGAAAUUUUAAAGUCGAAGGAAAUAAGCGAAUAAUAAGAUGCUUAGAGGAUUUUACAAUGGGUUAUAAGACUUAAAAUAUUUUGAUGAUGUUUGGGGAUGAUUUUGCUUACAGUGAUGCAAAAGUUACUUUUAAUUUCAUCGAUAGAUUCACAGAGAAGAUAGCUUAAUUUACAGAUAGAUAUGUUUUUAAAUACAGUACAUUUUCAAGAUAUUUAAAAGACUUAAAGGAAGAAUUGAAAUACAGAAAUCUCAAACUUAAUGCCUACUCUGGAGAUUUCUUGCCUCUUAAAAUGUUUCAUUAUGAACACUAUUGGAAUGGAUUUUAUACAAGCAGGCCUAAUCACAAGGAUCAAAUAAGAUAAUUCACUUAACUAGCUUAGUAUUCAUUGAAUGAGUAUGUUCAAUAUUAAUUGAGUCAAGAUAAACUUGAAAAUCUAGAAGUAGUUUACUAUUCAUAAAAGCUCAUGGAGGAGUGGGCAUUGCUAAUGCAUCAUGAUACAAUAACUGGAACUUCAAUUGAAUAUGUGAUGAGGUAGCAUAUUGAUUAGGUGAAACUCCUAAACUAUCAAAAUACAGAUUUUCUCAACAGAUAAGUUUCAGGUAAUAUAUACCAAGGACUAUUUGAAAACUUGAGAAUUGAUUAUCACAAUAUAUAAGACGAUCAUGACAAUCCAUUGAUUUUUGGCUUCUAAACUGUUAUUUAUACUCUAAUACAUAACCCAAAUACAUACAAUUAAUUUGGUGUAAGAUUAAGAGUCUUGGAUGUUUAACUUCACUAUAAAGUUAGAGUUUGGGAUUGGACUAAUAGAUAGUUUAAUGAUGUUAAAAUAGAUGUUCUAAACUUGAAAAAUUAUGAAUAAAAUGACUAUGCUGAUCUUUUUGUAGCCCUAAAUAUUGCCCCUUUUUCUCAUGAAAUUUUUGAGAUUACUUAUGGAUUAAAACCCUUUAGAUAACUUUAGAAGUUUGAAAAGAAUCAGCUAUCCAAAUUAGAUAACUAGUAGGAGUAUGAUUAGACUAGUGCAUUAAUUGAAGAUGAAAUUAUUAUAGAAGAAUCUUCAGGAAAUGAACUUGUUUUUGAGAAACCUGAUACUAAUGAAUCAACAUAAGAAACCCAGCAUUAAAACAUUCAUAGAGAAAUAGGAUUCAAAGAUAGCUGCUUGCUUGCAGUAGAUGAUGCAAAUUCACGAGAAAUCAAAUUUAUUUUAAAAGAUUUAGUCCACAAUAUGACAGUCAAGUUAACUUUCUAAUUCAAAUACUAUUCUUCUUAUGUUGGAUACAAAGACCAAGGAGGAAUCUAUGUCUUUAAAACUAAAUAAUCUGAAUCUUCAUACUUUAGUGAUGAAUUAAUACUAAUACAAAAAUAAUCAGGGGAUUAUCAAACUUCUAUAUAAUUUACUUAUAAGAGUAGAGCAAAGAAUACUCUUUCAAUAGUAACAGUUUACUUGACGAGAAAUGAGGAUGGCUGCGGUGAUAUUGAAUUUGAUGUAAAGAGAGAUGGACUUGAUGUAAAUGUUGAAGCUACAGUGAAUUUUUCUUCAGAGGAUAUUUAAAAUAAUGGAAUUUUCUACACAGACUCUAAUGGCUUAGAAUAUGUAAAAAGAUUAAGGAGAAAUGGCCUAGAAGAAAUCGAUCUAAAAUCAACAGCUCCAGCUAAUUUUUACCCAAUCAAUACAGGAAUUUUUAUAGAAAAUAAUCAAAAGUCUUUGUAAAUGAUAGUAAUGAAUGAUAGGCCACAAGCAGGCUCUGGUUUUAGAGAUGGGAUAAUAGAAUUACUAUUUAAUAGAAGAGUUCUAACAGCAGAUGGUUUGGGCAACCCAGAACUUCUUAACGAAAUGAAUGAGAGAAGUGAACCCAUCAGAACUCAUAAUAAAUACUUUAUCAGAUUCACAAAAUCUAGGGAGUAAGCCUUCAAGGCAAUAACUGAAAGAACUAUUAAAACUUUAAAUCCAGUUAGGAUGUUUAAUGCGAAUCGCUUCAAUUCAGAAAAGGCAUAGUAAAAUGAUUUUUCAAGGAUUAGGCAGCAUUAAUAUGAAUUAUCAAAGAUACUAAAUCAAUUAGAUAUUGUAGACUAUAAGUUAAUUCCAGACAGUGAAUUCGAAAUUGUGCUAUUGUGGCUUUAAUAAUUUAACCAUAAUAAAAGUAGUUUGAAAAUAGUCAACAGAGAGCAUGCUAAAAAGAUAAUUGAACUUAUUUGUAAGAUUAGCGAUAAACAGGAAGUGGAUAUUUCAAUGAAUAUUUUGCAAGGGAAUUGCAAUUAAAAUCGCAAUUUUGAAUUCACUAAGUCCACUGGAUAGCAUUUGAAGUUAAAUGAAGAACAUUAAAAUGAAUACUCUUUGUAUAAAAUUAUCACAAUCUAGAUCAUGCUUAAUAAAACUUGA